GCAUUUUCAACUCGCGACUGACAAGCAGCGGUCGCCGUGGCCAUCGCCGAUCCGUCGUAGUCGAGAGAUCAGAUCAGAUCAGAUCCGAUCAGAUCCCCAGAGAUCCCGAUCCCGAAAUCAAAAUCAAAAUAAAAAUCAACUCCAACCGAUUCGCACCGAUUCGAACCGUUUUCGAACCGUUUCAGAACCGAUCCCGCGAUCUGUUCCGUGAGUGUCGCGAAUUUUCAAAAUCUCCACUUUUUUUUUUGAAUAUUUUUUUGAACGACUACACCGGAUCCUUUUGUUGUGUGUUCAGUGACGAGUUAAAGCCCCGCAUUUUUUUCGAGUGCCUUGUGAAGAGGAUAACCCACUGCAAGCAGCUGGCAUGAUGCUGCUCCGUUUUACUUUGCUGGUGGCCUGCUGCAUUUGCGCCGCUCAAGCGGUGCUCAGUGGCAAGGAGUUGAAGCGCCGCGAGGCGGGUUUCGAUACCUACGGACCACCGCCGCCGCCACGCCCCGCUCCCCAAUACGGACCGCCGCCCUCGCAGCAGCAGCACAUUCCCUUCAGGGAAUACGGAGUCCCCCAGCACAUUCCUUUCCGGGAGUACGGACCCCCUGCCAUCAAAUACGGGCCACCCAAGCUCAACUUCCUGGGAGGCGGAGGAGGAGGAGGUGGUGGUGGAGGUGGUUCCUCGCUGCACGAGCAGAUCAAGACCCACUUCGGAGUGCCGAAGCCAUUCUACGGACCACCGCACAUCCAACACAAGCCUGCACCACAGUACGGCCCACCACCACCGAAGCCGGCACCACAGUACGGCCCACCACCACCACAGCCCGCACCACAGUACGGACCACCGAAGCCGCAGUAUGGACCUCCACCACCGCCACCACCGCAGUAUGGACCACCACCACCGCAGAAGAUCCAGCACCGCCCGGCACCGCAGUACGGACCACCUAAACCACAGUACGGCCCACCACCACCGCCGCAGUUGCUGCCCUCGCCGCAUGCAGCACCACUGUUCAAGCCCGCCCACCAGCCAGCCACCUCGUACGGACCGCCUGCCUCUGGACCCCUGAACCUGCCGCCCAAGCAGAUCUUCGAUGCACCGCCCUCGAACUACGGACCACCACCACUGCCGCUGGCGCUGCCCGGCAACCCGCCACCGGCCACCACGAUCAUCCUGAGCGGUGCGGGUGGUGCAGGUGGAAUCGGAAUCGGACCCAGUGGACCCGGACCCGUGAAGCAGGUGCAGAUCCAGAUCGACUCAUCGGGCCACACGCACAGUGUCAGCGGAUCACAGGCGCCGUUCCACACGGCCUGCGACGGAUGGAAACCCAUUCCCGCUCCGGUGGGAGCCUACGUGGAGCAGAACCACAUCGAAACCCAGGGAGGCUAUAGCCAGGUGUCCCAGGGAUCCUUCGGCACCCAGUACAGCGGAGGAGUCGGAGGAGGAGUGGGAAUCGGCGCCACUGGAGGCGGAAGCAUCGUGGACGGACUCUCCGACGAGCAGCUCGUGGCGGUGGCUCUUCAGGGAGGCGAUGGAGCGCAUCUGAUCACCGGACCAGGAGGAAACUCCAUCGAGGCGGAAGCUCUGCAGGCCGCCAUUGGUUCGCUGGAUGAUUCAUACUCGAAGCCACCAGCGGACUCCUUUGCCCCGGGAUCAGUGCACGCCCAGAAGUACCAGACCAUCGGUCACUCCGGACCGCCGCCACCACCGCCAGGUGGCAACUACGGACCACCACCACCUCCCAGCGGUAACUACGGACCUCCACCACCGCCGCCAAGCGGAAACUACGGACCUCCUCCGCCACCACCACCGAGUGGCAACUACGGACCGCCACCACCGCAAUUCGCGGCUCUCACCAGCAGCAGCCACUCGAACUCCCACUCGCACUCCCACUCGCAAUCGCAGUCCAAUGUGAACAUCCAGUACGGACCUCCUCCCUCUGGAAACCCGCAACCCUUCCCGCAACACGGAGCUGGUCAGCCCAACAAACCGGUGGCCUACCGACCACCUGUGCCCGCCGGCCUCCUCGAAUCCAUCGGCGCCACCGUUCAGCACUUGGAUCAGUUCGGCGUGAAGCCUCCCCAGCAGCCAGCCACCUAUAUUCCACCCGCUGCGAAUGAGAUUCCCCUGGCGGGAUCUGCGCCACCGCCACCACUGCCCGCACCACAGGCCCUCUACCAACCACCACCACCGCAGCAGCAGCAGCAAGUGAUUCUGCAGCAGCAGUUGCCUGCUCCCCAGCCAGGACCCUCCUUCGUUCACCAGAAGAACCAGUUCGGACCACCGGGACCACCACCACCACCGGAGCCGCAGUACCUGCCGCCACCACCACCGCCAGUGGCUAAUGUGCGACCCCUGGGACCUCCGCCACCACCGCCUCCGUCGCAGCAGUACCUGCCAGCUGCACCACCGCCACCACUCUUCUACCAGCAGCAGCAGCAGCAGCACCACCAACAUUCGGAGAACAGCUACAGUGCCUCGCAGUUCCACUCGCAGGGAUUGCCGCUUCCGCAGCAGGCUCCCCGCUUCAACUUGCAGCAGUCGCAGCAACUGCAGCAGUUGCAACAGUUGCAGCAACCGCAGCCCAUCAUCGUCCACGACUGCGGACAUGGACCGAAUCUGGUGAGCAGCAAUGGCUACCAAGUGCAACAGCAGCAGCAGCAGCAGCAGCAGUUGCAACACCAGCAGUUGCAGCAGCAGUUUGGCAGCGUGUCUGCCGCAUCAGCCGGUGCCUACAACGCCAUCUCGCAGAGCAUCCCGGUGGCCGAGCAGCACACGCAGCAGUUGGUCAGUGGACCCACCGACAGCUACGGACCACCGCCAUCCGGAAACGACAUCGACUUCGACCACACGGGCUACGCCUCCCAGAAGAGCGCAGUGGCGGCUCUGCCCGAUGGAACGGAUCCGCAGCAGCUGCCCGGAUUGGAUGGCCUCGAUGUGCUGUCCGCCACCAAGUCGCAGAGCAUCCAGCUGAACAGCCAGCAGCCCACGCAGAACUUCCAAGUGCAGUUCGGGGGAUCGCUGAACAAUCAGCAGGGAGUGGCGACCAGCGAUGCGAAUCACGAGGAGAUCCUCUCGCAGGGACUGCUGCAGUCCAUCCUCACGGCCAUCGAGCAGCCGAGCCAGCAGAACGUGCCCCAGAACCACAAGGCUCAGAGCCGCUCCGAUCAGCACGAGGAGGACCACCAGGAUCAGCAGGAUCAGCUAGCGAAUGCCGAGGAUAACGAGGCGGAGGAUGAGCCAUCGUCGAGCUCCUCGAAUCGCGUGGAGGUGCGAGUGCUGCCCAACGACGAUAACGAGGAGGAGACACCCGCCGAGGUGAAGGAGAUCGAACCGAUCGUGGUCAACGACGAGGAGGCCAAGCAUUAGUCAGUCGAAACUAGUUAGCAUCGAACUCAUCAGCGCCGCUUGAACCUAUUUAUUGCUGCCUCAUCCGCCUCAUCAUCAACCUCACCGCCGGGUCGCCACUCCCCGUGUCCCCCAGUUGCCAUAAAGUGAAAGUCCAGGGGGCAGGGGGAGAUCCACCUACCCAUCCAUCCAUCCAUCCAAUCGACCAUCCAUCCAUCCAACCAACCAAGCAUCCAAACAUUCGCUAUCCACAUUUAACACUCACAAUCUGAGAAACACACAAAGAGAACAAAGAAGCUAACGUGCGGAGGAAAAUCCGCCGCGUGAAAAGUGCCUUUUCAUGCUCGCAGCUCGUGUAUAAAAAUUAUUUAAAAUAAAUAAUUAAUUUAUUAUAGCAUUGUAUUGUAUUUUAUGCUUUAAACAACCAAUAAAUAUGUGUAUACAAAGAAAAAA